AAAGACUGUGUCUCCAGCAAGGUGAACACCACAGUUGCCAGUCUUGCCACUUGUUUUCUUGCGGCACUUGCCCCCGUCACUCGUUAGCUGCUUCUUGGUCGUUCGUUCAUCGUUUUCUUGACGCUGGAAUCCAGCAUCCUCACAAUGCCAUCCCUCUUUCAGGUCGUUGCGGCGCUCCUGCCGGCGGCCGUCCUCGCCUCCGGCUUGGACGCCGGGCUCGAUGACAACCGGUUGGUGCAGCUGGACGGGCUUAUCCGCUACCCCAUCGUUCCCCAGCGGGGAGGUUCCCUCUUCGGCAAACACUUCGACGUUGUGAAGAGACAGAUCGGCACGGGCACCACCACGCAGCGCUCGGGUACGUUCUACACGAUCAACCUCAGCUUCGGAACGCCGGGCCAGUCGGUCCCUGUCCAGUUUGACACGGGCUCCUUUGAGCUCUGGGUAAACCCCGUCUGCUCCCAGGCAGGCGGGGAAGAGUCGGUAGACUUCUGCAAUGCGCAGCCUCGGUUUACCUCGUCUUCGACCUUCAUCGACCUGCACCAAAACGGGAGUGCCAAGUAUGGGAAGGGUUCGGUGCAGUUCCAGUAUAUUGCUGACUAUGUCAGCGUUGGAUCCGCAAAGAUCACGCAACAGGUCUUCGGAGUAGCCUACAACAGCUCGGACCUGCAGGUGGGCAUCAUGGGUGCCGGCCCUUGGCUGGAUGGAUGGGACAGCCCCUACCCGUCCGUCGUCGACUCGCUCGCCGUGCAGGGAUUCACGAAGAGCAGAGCAUUUAGCCUGGACCUGCGCGGCCUCGACAGCACGCGUGGCUCCGUCAUCUUCGGCGGCCUCGACGCCAAGAAGUACUCGGGCAACCUCGUCAAGCUGCCCAUCAUCCCCUCCACGGAGUCGCCCGACCAGAAAACCAGGUUCUGGGUUUACCUUGAUGGCAUCUCGGUUAACCAGCCCGACGGCAAGGUGGUCCAGGUUUUCAGCAAGCCGGCGGGCGGAAAAGGCCAGCCCGUGGUGCUCGACAGCGGCUACACGCUCAGUGCGCUCCCGUCAUCCAUCUUCCAGAAGCUGCUCGCUGCCUUCCCGUCGGCCAAGCCUCAGCCAGGCUCCGACGACCAGUACAUCGUCGACUGCGCCGAUCCCGGCCAAGGCGGCUCGAUCGACUUCACUUUUGGGAACGCGGUCAUCAACGUCCGCUACUAUGACUUCGUGUGGCACCUCGACUCCAACCUCUGCGUCCUGGGCGCCUUCGCGGAUGAUAAUCACCCGACCCUCGGCGACACCUUCCUCCGCUCGGCCUACGUCGUGUACGACUGGGACAACCGCAACAUCCACCUCGGUCAGUCUGCCGACUGCGGCACCAACCUUGUGCCCAUCGGGAAGGGCCCUGACGCCGUGCCGUCUCUCCGCGGCGAGUGCGGCCAAGCCUCGUCGACUACUACGUCGGCGACCAGCUCGCCCACCUCGAGCCACCCGACGUCCACGCACGGCAGCACCUCGUCGACCCCGACCUCCCCCCCCUCCGGCAACGCCACCACAUCCUCCCCCACCAUCACCAAGACCACCAUCACCUACACCACCCACACCACCUACACCGUAACCAGCUGCCCGCCCACCGUCCCCCACUGCCCGGCCGGCACCCACGGCCCGACGGUGAUCACGGAGAUCAUCACCGCCACCACCGCCAUCUGCCCCGAGACAACAGCCACCUACACGCUGCGCUCGCCCACGCCGCACACGGUGACGGUCACGCCGGUGCCGCCGCCGCAGCGCACGCCGAAGGUGGUGCCGGGGUGCACGUCCGGCGCGCCGACCACGGCGGGCCCGGCGCCGACCACCCUGGUGCCGUCGCCGUCGGCAACGACGGUCGGCGGCGGCAACGGCACGGUGCCGACGCAGGCACCGGUUGUGGCUGGGGCCGGGAGGGUCCCGGUCGUCGGCGGGGUGGUGGCGGCCGUGGCUGUGGCUGUCGGCGGGGUGGUGAUGGGUGUGCUGGGGCUGUGAGAUGAUGAUGGGGGUUGGAGUUGGAGUUGGGUUGUGGGAUGCGGUUAUGAAUGAAUGAGGGAAGAGGAGGGAGGCAGGUGGGUGAUUCAGCUGUCUCGGAUGAUUCUUAAUCUUCUUCUCUUUUAAGAGGGUCAUUGUUAACCAGGGCCCUGUUAAUUGAUAAUCUAUCACUUUGUGCUGGAGAUUAGGCCAGUAAUAGUGAAUUAAAUGUUGGCCACUGUUGAGCGUG